AUGCGACCACGCCCAAGCACGUCCGCAGUUCCGACCAUGAGCAGCGCCACCCAGCCGCUCAAUAUGCAGUACCGGAGUCGGUCCGUCGCCGUCGCUGUGGACCCUGUCUCUCUCGUGAUUUCGGAAUGCAUCUCAGUCACAUCGGUCAUGCGGAAGCAUGCGCGGUGGGCAGGCUCGUCGGUCUCGUCCAUCCUGGGCGGCAACCCCAACCCCGUCCAGCUCGGGCCCCCAAGUCCCCUUCUGCGCCCUGGAAGCAGAGCCUCUACGACCAGCAUGGGAGCCGAUGGCGUGCAGGACUUUGGUCUCGCGAACCGGUGGGGCCUGCGCGGGAAGAAGGGGAAGAGCAUGCAAGAUAAUCCGCUGAUGGCAGGCUUUGGCCGUUUGCGCCAUGAGCUGUCCAGCUGUAAAGGUAGGGUGCCAUUCAAUACCCUUGGCGUUGAGAUGACCGUCAUGACAGCUAACAAAGGUCUAGAUAUACACGAGUUCGACGCACCUACACUCCUAAACCCAUUCCUCCAAGUAAUACAAGCUUCCUCGACAUCCGCCCCUAUAACCAUCCUUGCGCUCAAGGCGAUCCGAAAAUUCCUCUCCUAUGGCUUCAUCAGCCCCGAUUCCCCCCGCUUCCCUCUUGCCAUGCAAUCCUUGUCGACAGCGGUCACGCACUGCAGGUUCGAAGCCAGCGACUCCGCGCAGGACGAAGUUGUGCUGCUCAUGAUCUUGCAUCUGAUGGAAGAUAUGUUGUCAGGUCCAGGCGGUGCGCUACUGAGUGAUGAAAGUGUGUGCGAGUUGAUGGAGACUGGCUUGACCAUGUGCUGCCAGUCACGACUGUCUGAGCUUCUCAGAAGAACAGCCGAGGCGGCUAUGGUCCGCAUGACCCAGAUCAUCUUCGAACAUCUCAAACAUCUAGAGGUGGAGGCUGGCGAUGACCUGGAAGCACUCGAUCAGCAGGCGAACGGCGACAUGGCGGUGGUUAGGAUGGUGCCGUCUACGAAUGGUAAUAAUGUAAUAGCCUCGACCGACGCGCCUGUGGACGAACCAAGAACGUCUUCAAGUCUGGAGAACACGGUCAACGGGAUGGAAGAAAGCUCCGUGACGGAAGUUUCGGAGGUUGAGGAAGAAUUGCUUGAGAUCAAACCCUACUCGCUACCAUCGAUGAAGGAACUCUUCAGGGUUCUCGUUGACCUCUUGGACCCCCAUGAAAAACAGCAAGGGGACACGAUGAGGGUGAUGGCUCUACGUAUAAUACACGUAGCCCUCGAAGUCGCCGGCCCUUCGAUAGCCAGGCACCCAGCGCUGGCUGUGGUUGCUGAGGACCGCCUCUGCCGUCAUCUCUUUCAGCUUGUUCGCUCUGACAACAUGGCUAUCCUGCAAGAAUCUCUCAUUGUUGCCGGGACGUUGCUCGAAACCUGCCGAGGGGUGUUGAAACUGCAACAAGAGCUCUUCAUAUCUUACCUCGUUACAUGCUUACACCCUCCCGUCGAGAUACCGCGGGAACCGAAUAUCGACCCGUCACUCUACGAUGGGAUCCCUCAGCGGCCAACGGUGGCCAAACCUGCAGCUUCCCAACCAGGCAGUGGGAGAGCCACACCAGUCCCGGUUAGGGACCGGCAAAGGCUGGGUCUGGAGGGUGGCGCACGGAAGCCCGAUGCUCGCCAGGCAAUGGUUGAGAGCGUAGGUGCUCUGACUCGUAUGCCAUCGUUCUUGGUCGAGCUUUUCGUCAACUACGAUUGUGAUGCGAACCGCGGCAACCUAUGUCAAGAUAUGAUCGGGCUGUUGUCGAGAAGCGCUCUGCCCGAUUCGGCCACAUGGAGCACCACGAGCGUUCCUCCGCUUUGUCUCGAUGCGCUGCUUGGCUAUAUCCAAUUCAUCACAGAUCGUCUGGACGAUGAACCAGUCACGGACGGGUUGCCGGAUCAAGACAAACUCAGAGCACAACGGCGCAGGAAGAACGUGAUAAUUAAAGGUGCAAUCAAGUUCAAUGAGAAGCCGAAAGAUGGCCUCGGAUACCUCAAGGAACAGGGCAUUCUCGGCGGAGACCCAGUGUCAGCUGCUGCCUUCCUCCGAGGCACUUCCCGUGUUUCCAAAGCAGUCAUUGGUGAGUUUCUCUCCAAGAAGGGCAACGAUGAGUAUCUUGAGGCAUUCAUGAAUCUCUUCGAUUUUGCCGGCAAGCGCGUCGACGAAGCACUACGGCAGUUGUUGGAGAAUUUCCGUCUUCCUGGAGAAUCGCCACUCAUCGAGCGAAUCGUAACGGCCUUCGCGAAGAAAUACUUUACCACUUCAACUGGUAUAGAGAACGAGGACGCCAUCUUCGUUCUUACAUAUGCCAUCAUCAUGCUCAACGUCGACCAACACAGUCCAAAGCUGAGAAAUCAGAAGCGUAUGGAGCUUGUCGACUUUGAACGACAGUUACGUGGCGUUAACGGCGAUAAAAACUUCGAUCCCGAGUUCGUCCAGGCCACCUUUGAGGCAAUCCGCACGAAUGAGAUCAUUCUUCCCGAUGAGCAUGAUAACAAACACGCGUUCGAUUACGCUUGGCGGGAGCUCCUCCUGAAGACGGAAUCCGCCGGACCGUUGAUACCCUGCCAUACGAACAUUUACGAUGCUGACAUGUUCGCAACAACCUGGAAGCCGAUCGUUUCUACCUUGUCAUAUGUCUUCAUGUCGGCAACGGACGAUGCAGUCUUCUCCCGUGUAGUUACCGGAUUCGACCAAUGUGCCCGGAUUGCCUCCAAAUAUCAGACCAUGGAAGCAUUGGAUCGCAUCAUUAAAAAUCUUAGCUACAUGACGACUCUCGACACGGAUAGUCUCUUCAAUACCUCACUCAACACGGAGGUCAAGGUUUCAGAUGAUGGCGAUAGCGUCAUGGUCAGCGAACUCGCCGUUAAGCUCGGCCGGGAUUUCAAGGCCCAGCUCGCUACUCUGGUACUGUUCCGUGUGGUGAAAGGAAGCGAGCAUAUGAUUCACCAUGGAUGGGAGCACAUUGUCCGGAUAUGGCUCAAGCUAUUCGUCAACUCUCUGAUUCCUUCGUUCUUCAGCAAUGAUCAGGAAGGGCUGAAGUUGCCAAAGAUUCCUCUUCAUACGCCGUCCCAAGUUAUAGAUCGAGCUGCGAAGACUGUCGACACUGGCUUGUUCUCUGCCCUUUCCUCAUACAUCUCCAGUUAUGCUGCUGACGACCCACCCGAACCGUCGGCUGAGGAGAUUGAAAGCUCGCUAAGUACCGCUGACUGCAUCAAAGCUUGCGAUCUAGAGAGUGUGUUUGCGAACAUCACGAGUAUCCCUGUCAACUCACUCACACCACUUGUCGAGGCUCUGUUGAAUGAGCUGCCGGAUGACGAAAGCUCAACUGUACCAGUGAUUACUGUGAAGCCUGAGGGCAUUCCAUCUUCGCCUGGGAGCGGGACGUCAAAACCCUCUUCAAAGAAGCCUACAUACGAUCCUUCUAUCGUUUACAUACUAGAGUUCUGCAACGUGCUUGCGUUAAGGGACAGGCAAGCGACAGAGCUUCUUGGCAAGACAGUUGCGGAAGCUCUCCAAGCCGUUUUGCGUGAUUCUUCACGUUACCACCCUGUUCUUGUGUCCCGCGCCGCCUACUACCAGUUCAAUAUGCUCAAAGCCAGCUAUGAUCAUGAUUUUGUACGGGCGCCCGUUCUGUUGCAUACGAUAUCCAACUUCACUAAGGAGACAGUCGCCAAGACGUCGCAACUUGUUUUGCAGGGUCUGAAGCUCUGUAUUGAGCAACCCGGACCUCUCCGAAGCGAGAUCAUGACCUCGCCCGACUUCUGGCUCAUACUGCGCACGCUCGCUGGCAACCCCAACUCAUCACCAACUGUCUUCGAGAUCCUGGAAGGAGGUGUCUCAGGCUCACCCUCGGCGAUCAUUGCGGAUAACUACGAGGCCGCGAUCGCUCUGCUGAACGAAUUUGCCACAGCUGCUAAAGUUGGGGCGGUCGUUGAGCAGAAGGGUGAGAGACGGCAGAGGAAUACUCGGCCGCCAAAGAAGGAUACACCCAGUGAAAAUGCAGUGGUCUCGCGGGGUGUCAAAGCUAUCAAUCUGAUUUCUAGCAUGACAGCGCGUAUCCCUCACUUGAUGAAUCAAUCGCAUCUGGCGAGUAGUGAAGGUUGGGUGAUCAUCCCCUUACCUCAUCUCACGGUCUCUAACAGCUUGACAGCCUGGUCUGCAUAUUGGCUACCAAUCUUCCAAGCCCUGACGACGCAAUGCACCAAUCCUUGCCGCGAAGUACGCCACUUGGCAUUCUCGUCGCUUCAAAGGUCACUACUGUCACCAGAAUUGACCUGCAGCGACCACGAAGAAUGGACCGCAAUUUUCGGCGAGGUGUUAUUCCCUCUUAUUCUGAGGCUGCUGAAGCCCGAGGUUUACUCGUCUGAUCGUGAUGGUAUGAGCGAGACGAGGGUACAAGCUGCUUCCCUGCUCUGCAAGACGUUCCUCCAGUACCUUGUACUGCUCUCUAAGUGGGACGGCAUGUUGGAUCUAUGGUUGCAGAUUAUCGACAUCAUGGACAGGCUCAUGAACAGUGGGCAAGGCGAUAGCCUGGAGGAAGCUGUUCCCGAAAACUUAAAGAACGUCUUACUCUUCAUGGCGAGUAGUGGAUACCUUGUGCCCCCGAGCAAGGACUCGUCGCAAGAGAGCCUCUGGGUGGAAACGUGGAAGCGGAUAGACCGCUUCCUACCAGAUUUGCGCAACGAACUAGCGCUGGAAGAACCCGAGACACUAGGCGAGGCGCGGUCACAGCCGGAAACAGAGUGGGUGCCAGCAGAAUCGCAACUGGCGCCCGAGUCAAAGCCAGUGGAAGAACCCCACGUUGAAGGGGAGGAACAACAGACGAAGCAAGAGCACGAGGCAGAGAAGGAGCCAAUCGCUGCGGCCUAG